AUGGAGGCGAGAACAGCCGCCCGCCCAGGGGUUUCAAUUGCAGCCAAGGGGCUGCAGAGCGUCUUCACAUGGCUAAAGGUGAUCGAGGCCUGGCGAUCCGUGACUAAGCAGGGAAAGUUCGACAAGGAGAAGUCUGCAGAGACCUCGCCUCAUGAAGUGCUUUAUUCACUGGAGAUCUACGCUGCAUCGUUGUUGAACAUGAUGCUUCUGCUCCUCCCCGCCGUUUCGGCCGUGAACGUGACGAGCUCCCACUUCCUAGCUCGAGCGCGCGACGUCGCGACAGCCUGCCCGGGCGACACCCGGGAUGACGGAAGGUGCAACAAGGAUGACACCCACCGUGUUUGCGCAAAGAUCGGCAUUGCGGGCACAUCCUUUUGGGAGUUUACCGGCCAGAGCAGCUGGUGCAACAGCGACAUCUACGGUGAUGGCAAGAUCGCUUGCCCUCCAGAGAAGCCCUACUGGUGCAUCUGCAAGUGGGCCACAGCUUCUUGGAUCAAGGGCGAAGGGUGCAAUGAGAAGGUGAACUUCGACUGUUCGGCCACCGACGUUUGCGACCUGAAAGCUUCCUACACAGAUGGAAAUGUUGACCUCCAACCCGCCCAUGACUGCAUGCAGGCGAAGUGCAAGCAGCAGUGGGACGCCUGUCCUUGA